CCAUAAACCUAAAUAUGACUGACCGUUUUACGUGAUGACGUAGCACUGCGGCGCACACCGCACCACGAUCAACACAAACGCCGAUCGACUAAGAACAGCGAAGGACUCUCACAGCCGAACAACCAGCCACAGCCAGUUCAUGCCAUAAGAAGAUUCGGACACAUUUAACACUGUGAGAUGAUUGUGUGGCUUUAGUUUCCGUGUAACUGAUGUCGACGGAGCUGCAAUAAGCAAAGAGAUAUUCAUAAAAUACCCCCGGAUAGCCCCCGUAACUCGGGGUUGAAGAUCUCACCCCUAUUUCACCGCUGGGCAAGGAGCACUACAGUAAAAAUGGAGAAUCUGCACCCCCACUGCCUUAAAUGCAUCAACAGAAGAUGCAUGGUAAGACCAGAAACGGGUGUUUCCUGUGACCUCAUUGGCUGUCCUCUUGUCUGUGGGGCAGUUUUUCACUCAUGUAAACUAGAGGAACAUCGCCUGCUGUGUCCGUACGAACGCCUGCCAUGCCUAAACAGUGGGUUUGGCUGUCCCUUCACUAUUGCAAGGAUCAAGAUGGCACAGCACCUUGAGACUUGCCCGGCAAGUAUAGUAUGCUGCACUAUGGAGUGGAACCGCUGGCCAGUGAGCUAUGCUGAUCGCAAGUCCUAUGAAAACUUGAGCAAAGACUUUGAUGAGGUGGAGCAGCUAGACAUGGCUUUGGCGCUGCAGGAUCAGAGGAUGUUGUUAGAAUCCCUGAAGGUCACGACCACUGUGUCAAAGAACGGAGAUAAAGAAGCAGAUGAAAGUGACAAAAUGGCCACAGCAUCAAGUUUACCAGAGACAGUGUUAAGUAAUGGAACAGUGGAGAUGGAAGAUGAGCCCUAUACUGAAUUGUAUAGCACCUCAGUGAAGACAAGCAGAAAUUUAGCAGCAGCCUUUGACAUCCUCACUAAUUCCAAGGAAAUUGAGAUAAUUGUUGGAAAUCUAAAUGGGGAAAAGACUAAUAAGAAUGGAGCACUCCACAAUGGAGAAAAUGGUGAUAGUCAUAAUGUUUAUGUUGCUGAGGGAGGGAAGAACGUAGAUAUGCAAGAGAGUGACUCUGAUUCCGAGUGUGAGCUCGGAGCAGUAGGUGGAGUAGAUUGUGCAGUGGGCACAGAUGGAGAAGAAGAUGGUAUUGGUUGGGCAGAAGAAAAUGAUUUUGUAGAGUUGUUUUUUGAAGAAAAGGAAGAUAUUAUUGAGGAGCCAAUAAAUGAUUCCAACCUCGUCUGGCCGGAGAUGCCACAGAAUUACAUGCCUGUUGUAGCUCUGGGGCCUCCUGUGCCUCAGCAAGCACCACUUUCACCUCCAAUGCCAUUCCUGCUGUCUGAUCAUGUGAGAAAUAACUUCCUGCAACAUUUACCCACUGAACUCAGGUAUAGGUGCUUGGAACGUAAACUACAGAAUGUAGAAGUCCUUAGAGGUAUAAGUAUGUUUACAUUUAAUGGACGUCGGGCUCUGCUGUCAGACCCGUACUUGUUUCGAGCAAAGAUGGAGGACAAGGCAGUGGACACAUCUGACCUGGAGGUGGCUGAUGACCCCAUGGGCCUCCAUGGCAUUGAUCUCAUCACUGCAGCUUUGCUCUUCUGCCUCGGCGAUUCUCCAGGAGGCAGGGGGAUCUCAGACAGCAGGUUUGUUGAUGGCUACCACAUUGACUUUGGUACUCAGACGUUCUCCUUCCCUUCAGCUAUUCUUGCAACCAACACCAUGGUGGGAGACAUCGCUUCAGCCUCGGCCUGUGAUCAUGCCAGCCCACAGCUGUCUAAUCCCAGCCCCUUCCACACUCUCAGGCUGGACCUGGUGCUAGAAUGUGUGGCUCGAUACCAAACCAAACAGCGCUCCAUGUUCACUUUUGUGUGUGGGCAGUUGUUCCGGCGGGAUGAGUUUUCGUCUCAUUUCAAAAACGUUCACGGGGAUAUCCACGCUGGACUUAAUGGCUGGAUGGAGCAACGCUGCCCCUUGGCCUACUACGGAUGCACAUAUUCCCAAAGACGGUUCUGCCCCUCUGUACAGGGCUUCCGAAUCAUCCACGACAGGCACCUCGGCUCUUUCGGGGUUCAGCCUGGUCUACCUUUAAAAAAUGGGGACAACUUCCCAAGAAACACCCGCCACUUUGGCUCUAAGUGCGAUCAAUUCAGCAGUCUUCCAUUUGAGGUGUUGCAAUAUGUAGCAAGCUUCCUGGACAGCUUCAGCCUGUGCCAACUAUCCAGAGUGUCCCGCACCAUGAGGGAUGUGUGUGCCAGUCUGCUCCAGAUGCGCGGCAUGGUCGUCCUGCUGUGGGAGAAGAAACGGCGUGCUGAUGGGUCUCCUUCAUGGCAGAUCACAGACAAGGUGUGGCGAUUCAGCACAGCCUUCGGUACAGUGAAUGAAUGGAAGUUUGCCAAUAUCGCCAGCAUGGCAGACCACCUCAAGAAGUGCAAGUUCAACACAAUUUCUCGCCGGGAGGAGGCCAUCCCCCUGCCGUGCAUGUGUUUCACCAGAGAGCUCACGAAAGAGGGAAGGUGUUUACGUUCAGUUCUCAAACCAGUAGCAUAAGCGAUGACGCCACUUUUUGGACACUUCUGAGACCAUCAGAACUCAAAUACACGUGUAUUUUCCUCCAGUGUUUACAGACAUUAGUCUUUUCCAGCCCCAGAAAGAUAAAACACUCCUGGUUGGAUGUUAUGAACUGUUGGUUAUUCUUUCCUCACUCCCAUGAAUAAGACAAAGCCAGUAGCGGGCUGAUAAAUAUCUCAGCAGAAGCUGAUGUACUGCAGAUCACAGACUGUUAACAAGCAAAUUUAAUUGCUAGCCUUGUAUCCUACACUCAGACAGAUUUAUUAAAAUCACUGUACUGAAGUUCUACCAUUAUCUACUCUGACAUUGUGUAAAUAAUCAGAUGUUUUGAUGUAGAUUUUUUUUAUUUUUAUAUCAAGUCAGUACUGUGCUACAUUGGAGGCAAGAGUAGCCUUAACUUGUGAUACACUUGAUUUUCUAGUCAUGAGGUCGUUCAGAACAUCUCAGUGAGAUUUCUCAACCACUUCUAGCUGGAACAGUUUACUGGUAUCUUGCACGGUUUUAUAUCCUGAUACCUAGAGUGACCAUGUAUGUGUACUGCUUUAGAGCUUGUAGAUUUCACAGCUUUAAUUCUACAUUUUAAGACUGACCAAACAUCUGUGGUAGCUCUGCACAAUGUAUGCCAUUGUACAGGAUAAUCAAACUGUAUCACUGUGGGUGUUGAUUUCUGUUCACCAGCAUAAGCACGUCACCACCAUCGUGUUUGGUGUUUAGAUGUAGCGUGUUUUGUGGUUUGGCAUGUUGGCGCUGGAUUUAUGGCAGUAACAAAGGUGGUCCAUCUUCUAUUCUUCUCUCACUUCUGACUAAUGGGCUGGCAUCGUUAGUCAGGAUGAGAUAUAAUAUAACACUAUUCACCAGCCAAGUGGCAGUACAUUUUUAGCUGUGGCUUGUGGUUUGCCUUUCCUACCAGCUACUUUGAUAGAGUAACCAGCAAUUGUGGUUUCGUUUUCUCCAAAAAUAUAAAUGUAGCAAGUGAAAUAAUGAAUGUACUCAGUGAAUAUAAGACUCCAUCAGUGACUGUUGGUAGUGAGCAGGAAGCUUUGUUUCCUUCCCUCAGUGUCAGACCUCACGAAACCCUGCAGGCCAGGUGUUAACAGCUACAGCGGGCACACACUUCCCUCCAGUAACAAGCAUCACUAAUUAUGUUCACGUUCAUUAUUUAUCAUGUUUGUAUGUUUUUUUGGCACUACAUGUUCACUGUGUUCAAAUGUUUGGUGUCUCAGGGUUGAGAGCAUGAAGCUUUGUCUCGCAGUAGAUUGUAUGUGUGUGUGUGUGUGUGUAGUCAACAAAAUGGCUCAGAAUAAUACGACAAUGACUCGUCAGCUGCUUGAUUAUUGUGGGGUCUUAGAAACUGACUGGUGUACCACUCAGUAUUAAUAUAAUAACAGUGUGUGUUGCAGUGCUGAACUAACAAAUUACAUGUUUUUGUGUUUGUCAUCCAUCAGCGUUGUGUUUAUAAUUGAGUAACUGAAAUAGUCAGCUAAAAAUGCUGUUUGAAUGUUCUUUUAAAACGGAGUGAUCUGGCUUGUUUGGAUUAAGUAAUUAGUUCUAACUAAACAUGGACAUGACAUAUUUUGUUCCCUUGUAUGAGAAAAUAGCCUACAAAUUGGUUGGAAAUGUCACAAAAAAGUAACUGAUUACUGGUAAGAAGAAUAUUCCUUUAAGAAAAUUGUGUGCUUUUUUUGUUUUUGUUUUCUAUUUUUGAAGUUUGAUGUAAAGCCCAAGCAAUGUUUGAACUAAAGCUGUCUUUUUAUUCUAAUCUGUCCCAAUCUGUUUGGUUUAUUUCUUGUUUUUUUGUACUGGUACUUUUAUUUGGAAAAGAGAAAGAAUCUGCCUCUGUAAUGUCUAGAUUUGUAUUUGAAUUAUUGAUUUGCACAUGAAGGCAUGUACUGUAAAUUUUAAAUCAUGAUGCUGAGGACUUUUUCUUUGCUCAUGUAGCAGGAAUUUUACUCCCUUGUGUUCUGCAUGUGAGCUUUGAUGUCUUUGGAAAAUGUAUCGGUCAGUCCAGUUGCAGACUCAUUUAUACAGUGGAUUUCUCAGGCACAGUGCAUCAGUUUAGUACAUUUUCAUAUGAGCUGUUACAUUUUUUAAAAGGCAAUCUUCUGUUAUGAUAGUUUCAUCCAGAUCUGAUAGCAUGCCUCAUUUCUGGGGUUUUAACCUUUUUAAAUUGAUGAAGUGGAAUGGGGGACCUGAGCAAUAAAUUAGUCUUUUUGCUCCACUGAGGUUCAUUCAUCUUUCAGACAAAUGUAUUUCAUCUACAGCACACUCUUUGUUUUUUAGCAAUGCAGACAAGUCUUUGCAGGCACCUGGAGUGUUAUCGACAUUUUCAUCAUAAGUUUAAGUUUUGUUUUCACUCCUGCUGAAGUGUGUUUUUUCACAAUAUGCCAGCUUCAUUUGUUUGACUUUUGAAGCAUUUUAAUAAAGAGGCUCUUGGUUUUUAAA